AUGACUUCGACUCAGUCAUCAUCAUCUUCUCUUAUACAAUCACAAGUAAACACACAUAUUCAAUUCUCUAUUUGGCAUACAUUUAAACAUCAUAUUCCACGUUUUCUCACAACAAUUCUUGUUGAUGUUAUUCUUCCACUUGUUAUCUAUUUUGUUCUUCAAAAAUAUAUAAAACCUGUUUAUGCAUUAUUAGUUGCUGGUACUCCACCAUUUAUUAUGGUUAUUUUUAAAGCUAUUUCAUCUCGAACAUUUGAUGCACUUGGUUUUCUUGUUUUUAUUGGUUUUAUUAUUUCAGGUAUUGUAGCUAUUAUAACACAUAAUCCAAUUAUACUUCUAUUAGAAAAAUCUCUUGUUACUGGUAUUGUUUCAAUUAUUUUUGCAAUAACAUUAAUACCAUUUCAUUGUUGUCAUGAAAAUUGUCGUUUACGUCCAUUAGGUUAUUAUUUUUAUCAAGAUUUAAUUCCAAUAAAUCGAGAACAAAUUGGAUUACCUGAAAAUUUAUUUAUUAAUAAUCAAGAAUCAAUUGAUGAACAAUAUUCUGAAAAUGAAAAUGAAAUUCUUAUACAUAAAUCAUCAAAUAAACAAGAAGUAGCUCAAGUAUAUGAAUGGAUAUAUAUAAAUUGUUCAUCAUUUCGUAUAGCAUGUUAUUUUAUAACAAGUACUUGGGCUGUAGGAUUACUUUCAGAAUUUCUUUCUCGAUUAAUUCUUAUUUUAGUUCAUUUAUCAAUUAAUAAAUUAGUUAUUUAUGGAAAUGUUAUACUUAGUACAAUAACAGUAAUAUGUAUUUUAAUAACAAUUAUUUGUGUAACUCGAGAACGAAAACAAACAAUAAUAUUAAUUGAACAAUGGAAACAAGAACAUUUGAAUAUACAAUAA